AUGUCGAUUAAACAAGUACCUCUGCAAGCUAAGAAUGUCAAUAGUAGAGGUACUUUUGAUACAAGAAAAGUCAAUGACAAGACUAUAAAACCCUUGAAGAGUCGUUCUGAUCAAGUGACACCAAGAUCAAUAAACAACGACAUUAGACCCAUUUCUGCAUCACAACCGAUUCAAUCCAAAAAGACGAAUAAAAAAUACCAUUCACAACCCAUACACUACGAUGAUCUAUUUGUAGACAACGACACUCCCAUCUUUAGACUACCACCCGACUGUAUGAUGAUCAUAUUUGCACAAUAUAACGAUGCCAAAACACUCACCACAUUAGCAAGCGUCUGUCGACGAUGGAGAAGAACCAUUCUACAGCCGCAUUUGUGGAAAGAUACCUAUUAUCAGUUACAUGAAUUCAACCAGCAUUUAAAGACACUCUGUCGACCGUAUAGAACUAGCCUUCAGCUCUCUUAUAUCCAAUCACUUACAAUAUCAUCCUCUUCUUUACAUCAAAAAAUGAUGCCCGGUACAUUACCGAGGCUAUCUGCAUUCAAACAACUCAAAAAGAUCCACUUGAUUGACUUGUACAUAGACGAUAUUUCCAAAAUCACCAAACUCUUUAAUCAUGUCAAAGUACUGAUAUGCGACAACAUACGACGAGAUGACGAUCGAUGUACGAUUCAUCUGUCCAUCUUUUCACACUUGCUCGAACUAGAAGAUAUCCGGCUUCAUUUCGACCGACCCUGUAACCUCGGAGGACCCAUGAUGCCAUUCAUGCACAAUCGAAACGUGAUAGCGCCGAUAUUCCCACCUUGUCUGAAAUCACUUCAACUGUUGAAUGUCUAUGAUUUUGAAGAAUCACUCAUUCGGUUGUAUUCCGGACGACUGGUAUCGUCACGUACAAGCGUUGAACAAGACUUGCUGAUGAAAUAUAAGGUGCUGACCAGUCAAAUCCGCCUCACAACGCUCACACUUAAUCGCUGCAGUUCGUUUACGGCUAACGUCUGGCGUCUCUGCAUGAUACCAUGUACCAGGAACCUCGAGUACCUCUCACUCACAGGAUGGAAACCACCAGUAGUAGAUAGAGUCGAUAGUGAAGAAGCCCUGACGGAUUUCUUUGGAGGAUUGAAACAGAUUAAAGAGAUUAAGCUGCAUGAUUUUGUCUGUACACCAGGUCUUAUUCAAGGGAUCAAGAGAUUGGCAAGAUCGUAUCGGAUGAAUGGGCAGACUGGUGCAAUUGAAGAGUACCUUGACCAGACCCUCUUUGACCUUUCACUCUCCUUUCCAAAUGGGGGUGCUCGGCGCUCAAGAACUUAUCGGUCAUAA